UAAGUUUGUUUGACUGAUUGUGAUGCUCAGUUGCUCGUUGCCACUGUAUCCACGCUCGCACCACGGCGAGGCUGAUGGUCGCCUGCGGAGGGUAAGGUCAAGACAAUUGCGGAACCUAUUUCACUGAUGACUCCUAGGAUCCCAGGGCUAUUUCAGUACGUGCUGUCUCUCACUUGCAGGUGUAUCCAUGGGCGUCGUACUCAGAACGUCUUCGUCUGGCGUUCUAUGUUUAUCAGUGAUAUUGUCAAGGGAGGUUCCUAAGUGGAUGGCAGGAACACACGACAGCACGACUCAUACCAUAUCUUUUGUUCGGGGUAUGGAUGGGGCUACGCUGUGCGCAAUGAGCGGCCUGGCAUUCACACUGCUUCACACAACAGCCACCGAGUCACUCGCAUUACUCGUCCAUGUCGCACAGCCUUUCCUCGUAUAUAGGACAUCUAUCUCCGCAAGGUCUUGUCUCCUGAACAUGUGGCUUCUGCCGCCGGCGCUGGCUGGCGCAGAUCAAGUCGGCGAGAAGUCAAUCUGGGCGGGCACUUGGCGACGGUGCAAUCCUGGUUCAAUCCUCUCGGCUAUCUCGAGGCUGGAUUGCUCUCCGUGCAAAGUCCGUAUUGCGUCUUCUCUGACAAUACCGGCUAUUGUGCAAUCAGAAAUCGAGGCGCGCGGCAGCAUCACGAGACUACUUCUCCGGAGCCGUUCGAUAAGUGAACGUCUUAAUCCGGCCUCUGCAUUGUUCUGCAUCUGGUAGCCUGAGAGGACACGCACUGCGGUUGCCGUCUCCUUACGGAAGCUUCAUGCCGGUCGGUAUCAAGGCCCACAAGAUGCAACGCGCGCAUCG